AUGGGGGACUCGGGUGACAGGCUUGCGCAGGAGCUCGCAAGUACUUACUGCCCACAGAUUGACCCGGCACUUUUCCAGGCGAUCGCCUUAGACUAUGAUCUAGCAAUUCCAGACCAGGUCGAGCAGUUACGUCAAACUUUGGACGUGCUGAAAUUAUCGGCAGCUGAACAAGAAGACCUGCCAUUCGACCCGACAGGAACAACAAAUCUUAGGAACUGUGAAAGCUUAGGUUCACCAUACGCGGAAACGUCCGGCAGCGCAACAAACUCAGAUCCCACCACUUGGACAUCGCUUGAGCAUCUUGGUUCGGAAAAUGGCGACAUCAACAGUGAAAGCUUUGCAGCCAAUUUCAGCAAGGACUCUCAGCGUUCGCAAAGGUUUGCGAGCACAAUCAGUGCCGAGAAUGCCCAGACCUUGAUUGGCAUGUUCCCCAGUAUCACUCGUCUGGAGGCAGAGGGCAUCCUCGAAGACUGUAACGAUGACCUGAGUCGCGCAAUGGAUGUUCUGCUGAAUCUCGCUUUCAUUGAAGAGACUCAAAUUGCUGGGGAUGUAUCCCUGCAAACCGAGAUCGCUCAAGGAUUCGGUCAGUCUGGCGCUUUGAAAUCGAUCGACGGCUUCCAAGCCGCCGAGAAUCAGACGAGCAACAAGAAGUCCCGCCGAAAGAAGAACAAGCAACAGAAGCAGAAGGUUGUGGACUUGUCUGCCAGGCCUACCGUAGCCCCCACCACCAACAAAUGGGAAACAGGCAAGAACGAUAUCGAUUUCAUGGCAACGCGAGCUAGCGCGUUGCAAAGGGAAAAGAUUGCUUCAGCGUAUCAUCUGAACUCCAUGUCGCUCUGUGCGACGCUCAGAGACUUGGCGCAUGCUCAGGCGCCCGCGGACACCAACGAGAUAGAAGAAGAUCCUGUCCUUGUUACACAAGUAGGGGACCUCGUCCACAAAUACCCCGGUGUCCAUCCCACCACUAUAGCUGGCCUGAUCAAAAUUGCCAAUGAUGACAUCUCUGCGGCGGACGAGUUGGCUGAAACUCUGUCUCGCCGGCCUGCCUUGAGCUCAGUCUCUAACAUAAUCACCUUCGUUUCAGCGCCCCCUGUAAUAGAAGAGGACGACGAGAACGCUGUACCUACCAGAGAAGAGGACAGCCAUGUGGACUCCAUGGACUUCAGCCAGGCUUCCGCGGCUGCUUCAUCCCACUUCGCAGCUCGUUCCGCUGCCUUGGCUCAAGCAUCACAAUCAGCGCGUCGUGCGCGGUCGAAUCCUCUGUAUGGCGGUGCAUCUGCCUAUUACCGAGAUGUUGGAAACGAACAACGCCUGCUAGCCAUGCGCCAUCUGGCAACUGCUUCUGAUAGGCUCGUGGCCCAGCAAUCGACCAAUUGUGACUUGGAUCUGCAUGGUGUAAAUGUUGCCAAUGCCGUCAGAAUCUCUCGUCGCAGUGUUUCAAAUUGGUGGGCGGGAUUGGGCGACCAGAAACACGUUCGCGGUGGAGGUAGAGACGUGCAUGGCGGGUUCAAGAUUAUUUGUGGCGUUGGCAAUCACUCCCAGGACCGCAAGUCCCACCUGGGGCCUGCUGUCUGGAACAUGUUGCGCAGUGAGGGAUGGCGUGUAGAGCUUGAUCGCGGCUCCAUGUUGGUCAUUGGGAGGGAGCGUCGUUAG